GCGCGCCAACCCUUUCCCGUCGCCGGCGGCCACCGCAUCCGAAAAUUUCCCUCCUCUCUCUCCCCAAAUCCGUUCUCCAAGCCCACUCCCCUAUGCCGCAGCCGGUGGAGGAGGGGGCGCGCGAGGAAGAAGCGCCACUGGAGGAGGCGGGCGAGCUCCGCGCCGACGGCGGGGUGGCGGCUCCUGUGUCAACGGCUCAGCCGGUGCCGCAGGUCAGCUCUUCCAGCUCGGGCGAGGAGGAUGGGGAUGGGGAUGACGAGGACGCGGAGGGGCCGCUCCUCCCCAGCUGCCCCGUCUGUAUGAACGCGUGGACCGCCGACGGCGAGCAUCGCGUAAGUUGCAUUCCUUGUGGGCAUGUCUACGGCAGAUCUUGCUUAGAAAAAUGGUUAGCACAGUGUGGGAAGAAAAGUGCCACGUGUCCUCAGUGCGGCAAGAUGUUUAGACAAAAGAACAUUAUCAACCUCUAUGCACCAGAGGUUGUUGUCCCAAAUAAUGAUCUUGAAAAGCAAGUAUUGUCAUUGAGAGAUAAAAAUGAGGUUCUUGAGAAUCAACAACAAAAAUUAUUUGAGGAGAUAAAAGAAUACAAGAGGCAGAUUUUGUAUCAACAACGUCUAAUAAAUGAAUCAAGCUCAAAGCGACAGAAAAUGGCAGAACAAUCAUCGGAUGGAGCAAUGGAUGCAGAGUCACUUCCCUCACUUAGAGCACAUGGUGGCAGUAGUGAUCUUUGCCAGUUUGUUCUCCAGAAUGAGUUUGUCCUGGAUGGAGCUCGAGUCAUGGGCAUAGAUGUAUCCAGCCAGAUUAUAGUAGCGUCUGGAAGGGCUCCUGGAGUUAGUGCUGAACAUGUCCUUACCAAGAUCUGCAUGUUCUCUAGACAAGAAACGAAAGUCCGCCUUCCGCCUAACACUAAAGCUGUCAGGGAUAUUUGUAUCACUUCUGGGGGCCUUGCUAUCUUUGCAUCUCUUGGCAGGAAAUUGUCACUUCUCAGCAUGACAACCAACAAUGUUGUCCUUCAGUAUGAUCUACCGGCUCCAGGCUGGUCCUGUUCAGGGGAUCAAACUGGCCCCAACCACGUAUAUGCUGGAUUACAGAAUGGCAUGCUUUUGGUCUUUGAUACCCGCCAAACUAAAGGACCACUGCACUCCUUGAGUGGUCUAUCUACAAACCCAGUUCACACAAUCCACUCUGUGGUAGAUGAUAGUGGUUCCACGAAGAUCAUCUCUGCUUCUUCCAUAGGACCCUGCAUUUGGGAUGUAGAUGGCAGUGAAAAUAGGCCAAAUUUGCUUACCGGGACGGAAAACCAAGGGGUCUGCAUAUCCCUUGCAUGCGCCACUCCAUCAAGUGAUCUGAUCGUGGCCUCCUUCCGUCCGAGGGUCGAGUUUUCAGGCGAUGGCACUGCAUCUCAAAUGGCUAUAUCACAGUCACCGACGCUCUCGAGUUCUGGAAAGCUCGGAUCCCAUGCCCUGCUGAGGAGGACGAGCAGCACAUCCUUCGUGAAAGAGCAGAUCUGCAACGGCAAUGUGAGUGAGCUGCGGAUGUCGAAGUCCGCAAUCAUACCCUGCAGCGGAAACGGCCAGCACAUCUUUGCCUAUGGCGACGAGUCGGUGCGCGGAGUCCGCACGUGGCUGUUGCCUUCGUUUCAGCCGCUCGCUGAUCUCAAGCCGCACCGCCAACCGAUCCUUGACCUGAGGUUCGCGGCGAGCUCCACCAAGAAGUACCUCGGGUGCUUGAGCGAGGAGAAGCUGCAGGUCUUCAGAAUUAGGUCGUAGCAGACGAGACCCGGUCACUGAUCACUAAUCCUUCACUCCUUGUAGCGCUUCACUAGCUUUGUUGUACUGGCAUGAACACUUGAACAGGCCUUCCUCUGUACAGUUUUUUACUAAACCACAUACCUUAGUGUUUAAACCUCAAAACCUGUGGUAUGAUUUGCCAUUUUUGUGAUAAAUCAGAGAUUCAAAUGGGA